AUGAAUUGUGCGCGUAUGAUAGAAGAUCGAAAUACAAGGAAACAAAAACAAAAAGCGAGAGAAGGAAAUACUGAUAAUGGUAGCGUACCGGAUAAUGAAAUUCGCGUUAAUAGAUAUGAUAAUCUCGUUAAAGAAAAUGCCCUAUUUGAAAACUAUUACAAAUCGUUAAAUAUUGUACCGGACAUAGAAUGGGAUGAUUUUUUAGUUGCAUUAAAAAAUCCAUUACCAGUAACAUUUCGUGUAACAGGAUUUCGUAGUCAUGCCAUAGAAAUGAUGAGAUUAAUUCGUGAACGAUAUUUUCAACCACUAGAAAAAGCGAUUAUUGAAAAUGUUGCCAUUGAAAAACCAAAAGAACUUGUUUGGUAUCCAGGUAGUUUUGCCUGGCAAUUAAAUUUAAGUCGUAUGCAAUUACGACAAAUACCAGAACUACAGAAAUUAAAAGAAUUUCUUUAUGAACAAACAGAACAUGGUAAUAUUAGUCGACAAGAAGCUGUUAGCAUGAUACCACCAUUGGUCCUUGGCAUUGAGCCACAUCAUAAGGUUAUUAAAAGAAAAUAUUUUAAUUAUACGAGUACACUAUUUAUUCUAUUAGAUUAUUUACAGGUUCUGGACAUGUGUGCGGCUCCUGGAUCAAAAACUGCACAAAUUAUUGAAUUUUUACAUCAAGAUGAAACAAAUCCAAUACCAAAUGGUUUUGUUAUAGCGAAUGAUGUUGAUAAUAAACGUUGUUAUACAUUAGUACAUCAAGUUAAACGACUUGAAAGUCCUUGCUUCGCAAUUAUUAAUCAUGAUGCUAGUGUACUACCAAACAUGAGGUAUCCCAAUGGUGAUGGUGAUACAUCAACUUCAAAUCUUUUGUUCGAUCGUAUAUUGGCAGAUGUUCCAUGCACUGGUGAUGGUACACUGAGAAAAAAUCCUGAUCUUUGGGCAAAAUGGAAUCCAGGUCAUGGUUUCAAUAUGCACGGUCUUCAAGCUCGUAUUGCGGCACGCGGUGCUCAAUUAUUAGCACCUGGUGGUCUCAUGGUGUAUUCAACAUGUUCAAUGAAUCCAAUUGAAAAUGAGUCUGUUAUAGCAAAUUUAUUACAAUCAUUUGAUGAUGAACUAUCGUUAGUUGACAUUCGUCCAAAAUUGCCUGGUCUUAAAACCACACCGGGCUUAACAAAAUGGAAAGUAAUUGCAAAAAAUAAUGAAAUCUAUGAAAGUUUUGAACAAGUGCCGCUAUCAUUACAAACACUUAUAAGACCGAAUAUGUUUCCACCUGCAAAUGAUAUAUUACAAAAACUUAAUUUAGAUCGUUGUGUUCGAAUUUUACCUCAUCAUCAAGAUACUGGCGCAUUUUUCAUUGCUGUACUUCAUAAACGAGAAAAAAAUAUAGAAAAACCAUCACAAUCAAAUGAUGUAACAUCAACAGUGGCAACGAAUGAUAUAGAAGAAGAAUCGAUAACCACAACGAAAAAAAGAAUAAUUGAUAUUCGAUCAAGCGCAAUGAUCGAAGAAUACAAUAGGUAAGGCGUCGCUAAUUCAAAAGAAUUGCAAGUUCUUAUUUUUCACUUAAAACUAUAUCAUUCGAUGCAAAAUUUCACGGUGAUUACGAAUAUCACCUUUUGAAUU